AUGUCUAAUCAAGAACUUAUCAAUGCUGGGAUAAAGCAAAUGGAUGAAACUGAUCAGGCUAUUGAAAGAUAUAUACUGGUUGUUCAUCAAACAAUCGAAGUAGGCACCCAAACUGCUACUACCUUGAAGGGCCAAACUGAACAAAUGGGUCGGAUUGUUAAUGAGCUUGAUUCAAUUCAAUUUUCAAUUAAGAAGGCCUUGAAGCUUGUGAAGGAGAUUGGCAGACAGGUAGCUACUGAUAAGUGCAUCAUGCUUCUUCUGGUGCUUAUUGUCUGUGGUGUCAUUGCCAUUAUUGUUGUGAAGGAAUGCUAA